AGAAUGUGCAACUUAUUCGGAACUGGCGGCUUCAUUGGUUUCUUUUUGUGAUUGCAAGGUUACAUGUGGUUUCCUGAGUAGUGAGUGAGUUGAUGAGGUUCACAUGUGAAAUAAACAACUUUCGUGCUAAUAUGUAAUGAUGAGGUCUUCUGAUGGUGGAUGUUCACCUCAGUUGCAGUGCUUAAACGAAAUCCAUGCUCCUCAAUCUAUUAAUACCUCUAUACAUGAAUCUCCUACUACCGUAAAAUGCAUUCUAAUCGGUGACAAACAGGUUGGAAAAACCAGUCUAGUUGUUAGCUACACUUCCAAUGAUUAUCCAGCGGAAUACAAGCCGUCUACUUUGGAUACAUAUUGUGUUGAAGUUUGUGCUGACACACGCCCCGUAAAUCUGCAUAUCUGCGAUGCGGGAGGAAAAGAAGAAGUCGCCUCUUUACGACAUCUAUCGUAUUUGGAUGCACAUGUUAUUUUGCUAUGCUUUUCUGUUGUUCGACCAGAUUCUUUUAGAUCUUUAAAAACUGUUUGGUUAAAAGAACUAGCAUCUGCGCCUAUCAUUCUUAACAGUGCUGCUGAACAAACUGCUUCAAAACUAUUCGGUAUAUCCACUUCAUCAUCAUUAUAUUCAAAAACAAAUCUUGCUCACUGUCCACCAACAAUGCUCAUCAAGUCGAAAUCUCCUAUAUGCCCUAAUCGUAGAUUAAAAAGUGUUGUUCCUGAAACUAAUUUAAUACCAGGUCCUACAUUUCUUCUUAUUGGUUGUGCAUGUGAUCUACGUAAUGAUAUUGGUCGUUUAUUAGAACUUUCUAAAAUAGGCGAAGAACCAGUGGAUAAAGAAAAGGCUGAAUGCUUAGCUGUUGAAUUAGGUGCUGAAGCUUAUGUUGAAUGUUCUGCAUUGACUCAAAAAAAUCUUAAAACUGUUUUUGAUCUAGCUAUUUGGUGUGGUCUGAAAGUAGCUGACUCUGGCGGUCCUAUACUAUUACCUGAACUGAAGUCAAACGAAUCACUACCAUACAAUGGAGAUUGUAUAGAAGCUUCUAUGCACAAUAAUAUUAUUACUAAUAAUCAUGCAGUUGUCACCAGUCAACCUCAUCAUACUGUGACAGAGAAUAACAACAAAUGUAAAACGUUUAGUAAAAAAGGUUGGCGUCGAUUAUUAUGUAUUAAUUCUUAAUUUUUAUGUAACUUCUUGAGACUUGUUUUUAACUUCCCACAAUUUCAUUGGGCUAUUCUUUUGUUAAUAUCACUCAAUAGAAAUGGAAAACCCAUUUAUGAGACUGUAAUUGCCUAACAUCAUAAUUCUUGUUCUAGUCACUUGUAUAUUUUGUAAUAGUAAUAAAUGUAUUUAUGUAAGUAAGCAUGAUUAUUAGUGUAUGAUUAUGCAUUCAAACAUGCUUUUAAAAGGACUUAAUUCUUUCUUUUUUGUGUAUUUUUGAGGAAGUGAUUUACUUUUCUCUAGUCCUUUUAAUGUUCUCCUCUCAAGUUUUGAUUGGCCGGUGACUAUGCAGUUAUUUUAACUUAAUGUCUACUACACCUCAUACUACCGGAAAAAUCGUUUACAUUUUAUAUUAUUCCAUAGGAAGUGGCUGUUGUAACUCAGUGGCCUAGAGUGGAUAACACUCUGGUGUUUGAGGCGAUGAGUCCCAAGUUUGCGUCUUACUGGGAACAACAUUACUCACUGGGAGGCACGUACAUCCAGCUGACAAGUCCUAAGUAGGACGAAAUGCGCCCCAUAGAUCCCACUACUAGCCACCAUUUAUCAUUAAUAUUACUUUUCUUUUUUUUUUUUUACUACAAUAAUAUUUCUGUAUGUAUAUGAUCACCCUAGUUCUUGUUUCGUUUAUCUAUAUUUUGUAAAAAAAUUUCCUGCUUUAUGACAUAAAAUGCAUGUAAUAAAUUGGAUUACAUUUUAAUACUCAUUGGAUUAUAUUUGAUAUUGUUUCCUUCUAUUUUUAUUCAUAUUGUAAAUCUAGUGCCACACGUGUAGACUACUCUAAUAUAUAUGACUUUUUACCUUAUUAUGAAUAUAUCCAAGAUAUCUCAAACAUGCAAGUAUUACUUUUACUCUGCAACCUUUAGUUGGUUAUAAGGGGAUCAGGUAAAGCGAAUUUCAUAAAUCUAGGUUAUAGGAUUCGGUGACAUUUGAAUAUGCCUGUUGACACUCCAUUGAUGCAUAUCCUUAUUAAUAACAGAACUUGCUCUCUAACUCUUUGUAACUCAGACCUAUUAUCAGUGAACUAAUUGAAUCCCUAUGAAUUUUCUUUGAAACUGUGAAUUAAAACUGCUACCCGUUGAUAAUCAGGGUAAUGCUUAUUAUUAUAAGAUUCGG